GUGGGUGCUGUUAUCACGCCGAGCCGCUAGGUAGCAGCGCUGACGCUCUUCGCCCGCGCGGCUGUGCUAUUAGUAUAGAGCUGUCCUGUAUUCUCCCUCUACAGUAUUUGCUUCCAUCUCCAUGACCUCAUGUUUUGAAAAGAGUAAAUGGUAGACCGUAGACGCCAUUCGGGUUUCUCAACAGACAAUGAAUUCAGAUGCUACUUUAGCCCCCAAGGAGGAGGCGUUUAAAGAGUUUUAUACAGAAGUGAAGGAAAUAGAAAAACGUGACUCUGUCUUGACAUCAGAGCAGCAAAUCCAUCGAUUGCUCCGUCCUGGCUCUACUUACUUCAACUUGAAUCCGUUUGAGGUGCUUCAGGUUGACCCUGACGUUUCGUUGGAUGAAAUCAAGAAGAAGUAUCGAAGGCUGUCCAUCUUGGUGCAUCCUGACAAGAACCAAGAUGAUUCGGAGAGGGCACAGCAAGCAUUUGAAAUCAUCAACAAGGCCUGGAAGACCCUGGAGAACGAAGAGACGAGAGCCAAGUGCUUGGACGUGGUAGAGGAGGCCCGGGCCAGGACGGAUCAGAUGAUCGUGGAGAAGCGCAAGAAGCAGAAGAAGGAGGGUAAGGAGGCGCUGGUGGACGAGGACAACCCGACGAGCUACAAGCACGCCGUGUACGUCAUGACGAUGAAGCUGUUUGCGGACAUGGAGCGCAAGAGGCGGGACAUGGAGCAGCGGGAGAUGGAGGAGAGGAAGCGCAAGCGUGAGCAGGAGAUAGAGGAGGAGGAGAAGGCCAGCAUCGAGAAGGAGUGGCUGAAGAACUUCGAGGAGUCGCGGCAGAACCGGGUCAACAGCUGGAAGGCGUUCCAGGAGGGAGGGGCCAGCGGCAGCAAGGCCCCCAAGGCCCCCAAGGCCCCCAAGGCCAAGAAGAUGAAGACGGCGUUCAAGCCUCCCAAGCACAAGGCCGAGUCCAGGUAACCGGGGCCCACCGCCGCCCCGAGGAGGUCUCUGCGUCGCUCUCGCGUGCAGCCCCGCCCCCCCCACACACAAGCAACGGACAAGGAGGAACAGUGACCGUCUUCUAGCCCCCCUUACCUGCCCCCUCUCUCCCCCCACCCCCACCGCCUGUUUCCCUCGGAAGCCGUGUGCGUGGCCCGUCUCGAAUCCAGCAGUCGUGUCCCGGGACACCCAGCGAGGCGGAAGGAAGGACCGCUCAGGCGCUUGCCGCGUGCCAACAUUUGAGUUGUUCCUCUUUCGUCGGCUGGAGACCCAAACACUCAACCUUCAACCCCCGCAGUGUAACAACCUUUAUCCAUCAAGUUGUCGGCAUUGAUUAGACGAAAUGGCGUUUGUUUUUAAAGAUCUAUAAAUGUUUGUGUCACAUUUCAAAAUUGUCUUGUGUGGAUAUGUAAUUUGUUUCACUGUUGCAGUUACUAUGGAACGAAGAUGUAAAUGUAUUUAUUGUGCUAGGUUAAAAAAAAAAUAGUGUUUUGCAUGUAUUAGAGUUUAAAUUUACAUUAUUCUCUGCAAAUAUUUUUUUUUUUUUUAGUGAAGUGUGUUCGAUUUUUAUCUGCUUUGAAAAUACCACUACUGGGACUUAGAGUAUGUAGUAUAGUGCCAAAUAUUUUAUUUUGAUUUACUGAUACACUGAAUGUUUGGUGAUUCUAUUAAUUGUUUUGCAUGUUAAUUGAAAUAAAUACUAAAUUAGGGAACAAAUGUGAAUUGACCCCAAAUUGAAUCUGAUAAUAAUCUUUAAAUUCAGCUGUAUUUUUCAUUUGGUUCCAUAAGGAUCAUAACCAAGUGAUGAAAAUUUAAGUAAAGUUUAGAAAAAAAAUUCAGAACUAUGACAAUGGCCUGCAUCAAGGAUGUGACAAUUGUAACUUAAACAAACAUUUUCUGGCCACAUUCUGGCUGGGUUUAUGAACUACGCAAGGAAUUUUAUGCCACAUGCAACCGGCAUAAGAAAAUCAUGGUCAUUUGUAAAGCACAAAAGUCGCAAGACGGCACCAACAGUACAACAUUAAGUAUAAUGUAAUGAACAAUAUUGUAGCUGUCCGUAUACAUUGUGUCUGUGUCUUGGAAAGUUUUUCGAAGAUUCCACUUCAAGUAUGGAGGGCGGAAACGCAAGCCGAAAUCGAGAAGAUAAAAUUUGGUACGUAGAGGAGUUUUUGGAAAUUCUUUAUUUAACUUUUUACAUUUUGUAUUUUUUGCGUAUUUCAAAAACCCAUCCUUUGUGUCCUCGUAGUACUUGGCAGCAGAAUGCAUAACACUUAAGAUGUCAGAUGCUCCCUAGGAACAUGUGAAGACCAACCAUGGUAUUUUUAGAGGUUCAGCAUUGACAUACCAUAGUUUCCAGUAUGAAAGAUGAUAUGGCAUGUAAGGCAACACUACAUAUAACAUGAGAUCAGCUUUUAAGUAAUGAUAAAGUCAUGAUAUGAAGUAAACACGUCAUCAUUCCACAAAAUUUCUGUUUUAGAAGAAAUAUUUUUCACUUCAGUUUCAUUGACAACUAGAUUCAGCUGUAUGUUGUGUACAUGAAGUAAAAGAAAAUGGUGAUAGCUGUAUGUAGAUAGUUUUGAUUGCUCAUUUCUAAAAAGCGGGGAAAAAUUGCUUCUGAAACAGAUACCAAUACUGCAAAACCAAUUUUGUCAUUCGAUUUUUUGUGUAUAUGUAUAUUUUAUACAGAGGUUUUGCUUUGAAAUAUAAGAUGGCAGUCCCUAAUGAAAUGAUUAAUGAAAAAUCAAUUAUUUAAUAUAUAAUAGUAACUGUACUGUGACCUUUCCCAUUAUUACCUUCCACAUUCUACAAAAAUAGUUAUGCCUUACUGAAUAUACAGAAAACAUUUUAUUUCUGUUAGAAGCGUGUGUUUCUUUUUAAAAGCUAACUGCAUUCAACACUGAAUUUUUGCUGUGACUCUUUCACCUGGCCCAACAAAAGAUGUAGUACAACACAGCCACAAAAAUCAUUUUCCCGUUGUAAAUUUACUUUGUUCCAUUUUUCCCGCUCUCUGUAGGGUACAAGUUUCUCUGUAGCUUAAGUCUCUGUCCUAGAUUGUGACACUCGAUUGUCAGACAUUUUUACUGCUACAGUAUUCAAAAAAAAUUAUUGUGUCUAGAUUUUCAUGCCCUCUAUAAAAACGAGCAUGAAGUCGACUAAGUAAGUGUGCUAGUUCUGACCCCAGGUAUUUUAAUUUUUCCAGUUUGUAGGCAAGCAUUGUAACCAAAAUUAUUUUUUUUUUUAGUGUAAAAUAGCUUAACAGAUUGCAAUAAAUUUAUUUUGUAAGUAA